GGUGGGAUUAUUGUUCAGUCGUGAAUCACUACUAGUGAAGUCUGGUGUUUAUCUGAGCUUUCUAGAGAUAAAUUUUCUUUUAUUUUAUCAUUUAAACUUGAAUUUAAUCUAUUAUUAUUAUUGUCAUUAUCAACACAAUAGAUUAAUUGAUACUCACCAUCAACCAGUUGGCUUUUCAUUCACAAAUAUGGCCUACCAAGGUAUUCAGAAUCAAAAAUUUAAAAUCCAUCUCAACAAAAAAGAGCUCAGCAAUAAUCAAGAUUCAUCCACAAUUGUGUCCACUCAAAGAUUGCUUGGACUGAUUGAUACAGAUAAUACAACAAACGAAGAACCUAAUAGAAAGAAAAGAAAAAUGUAUCCAGAAUCUCGAACAGACCCAGAUGGUGAAUCAGAUGGUAAAGAAGAUGAUGCUGCUAUGCCUAGACCAGUAGAACUUCCAAAAGGGUUUUUUGAUGAUCCCAAAGCUGAUGCUAAAAUUAGAAACAAUCCUUAUAAGGAUCCCAUUGAUGAGGAAAUGGAUCUCUUUAAAAAAGCUAUUGCCGAGGAAUCAUAUAAAGCUCAAACCAUGGUUGAAGAAUCUUUAGAGGAAAUUAAUAUCGACCGAGAUUUCGAUGAAAUUGAGGAUCAGUACAACAAAUGGGCCAAAGUCAAUGAAUUAGAAAAAAUGAAAGCUGAAAAGUUGAAAGCUAAAUUAGCAUCUGGAUCUAGAGAUUCUUAUAUAAACGACAUUAGUGAAGAAGAUCUUGAUUUAGCAGACAUAAAUGUCUUCUCUAAAUGGCGUGCUAAAUCUAUCGAGUUAAAUUCCAGAGUUUACUCAUGAAAAAAUUCAAGUUAAAGAUUUACAAAGUAUACUUCGGUUAGCAAGUUAAUCUCGUCUAGUUAAGAACACUUAUAUUUUGUCCACAAAACCCAUUUCACUUUCUCUGGUGUUUUGUCAAACCAUUAUGAAUUAUUUCUCGUGUUUGUCUUUAAUUUAUUAGCCUUUUUAUUGUGAUCCUAUCCAUUUUUGCUUAUUUUCAUCUAUUUAAUAAAAUUUCGGUUGCUUUGAAA